AUGCCCCUGCCAGCGCUGCUCUCCUCCAACGAUAGGUCGACUUAUUCCCUUGCAUCGUCCUCAAGCAAGGCACGCUCUGUCCCGGCCGUCGACGGCGACAUCCCGCCCGAGUACAUCCAUGACGAGGCCCAGCUGCCCUGCAUCCCGCCCGAACGACCGGACCUGCGCGAGCUCAACUGCUGCCUCGAGGCCCUGGCGGCGGUGUUUCCCGAUAUCCAGAUCGAGGUCUUCCGCGAGCUGCUGGGCAAUUUCGAUGGCGAGUCGAGGCUUGCUUUGGUGGCCGAUGCGCUGCUAAAGAACCGCGCUACGUGGGUCAAGGGCAGAUGGAAAGUUGCCGGCCCUGAGAGGCACACGGCCAUCGUCGUCAGUCAGCUCGUGCCGAGGGCAGAGAUCUUUCGAAGCGACGCUUACAAGAAUGCGGUGCGGACGCUUGCGUGGCAGGAGUUUAAAGGCCUGUCAAAGUCUACAAUCAACGCCGUGCUGGCCGAGUCCAACUACUCAUACCUGGACGCUCGGAGGACGCUCGUGACGCUCUCGUCCAAGUCAUGGCGCUUCACGCUCUCGUCCUUCAUCAUGAGGCGCAAGCCCGUGGCGACGGGCGAGGCAGAUCACCACCCUCUUGUCCGCUGGCGCACGACCGGCCAGGGCUCGAGCAUACCCACGAUACGAUCCACGGGCAACGCCGAGCUUGACCGGGAACUCUACGAUGCGCUCGUCCGCCCGCUGAAGGAAAAGGAUAGACAAGAUCGGAUCGAUAAAGACCGGGCCACGGCGAUGCGGCUGAACAGUGACGAAGCCGAGGAAGCAGGCGCAGUCCACGAGUGCAUGUGCUGCUUCACCACCGCUCCGUUUGAAGAGUUUACGCACUGCAACAAGGACGCACACAUGAUUUGCUUCCGCUGCGUCCAGCUCUCUCUCAAAGAGGCCGUCUUUGGCCAGGGCUGGCAGAGCAGCAUCAUCCCCGAGACGGGGACGCUGAGGUGCAUGGCUGUCGGCCGGGAUCAGUGCUCUGGCCACAUCUCGUCCGAACACAUGUGCAGAGCCAUGCUGGAAGAGAAGAAGGGUGCCGAGAUUCUGCAUCAGCUAGACCAGCGGCUUGCGGAACAUGCUUUGAUUGCUGCGAGACUGUCGCUGGUACACUGUCCGUUUUGCAGCUACGCAGAGAUUGAUGACAUCUACAUGCCGUCUAAGAGGGCAAGGAUGCGAGUUCGGAUUGCUGGUAUCCUCCACCUAUUAUUCCUCUUCUUUUGCUUCAUUUGUGUUGUCCUCAUCCUUCCUCUGGCUGUGCUAUCCAUUGUCGCCGCCUUGGCAUUUACCUCGUUGGGGCCGGUCUGGAUGCGGAUAUCGGCAGAGUGGAAGCACGCCAUGGGCAGACACACUCGUCGCCGACGCGGUCUCCAGUUUGCCUGUCAGAACCCUGAAUGCGGCCGAGUGUCCUGUCUGUCGUGUAGCAAGACCUGGACGGAUAUCCAUGUCUGCAACGAGUCGUCUCUGGUUGCGCUACGAACGCAGGUCGAGCAGGCCAUGAGCAUGGCCAUCAAGCGCGUCUGCCCUCGCUGCAACACGUCGUUUGUCAAAAACGCAGGCUGCAACAAGCUCACCUGCCCCUGCGGGUACAAGAUGUGCUACGUCUGCCGCGCCGAUCUCACCGAGGAAGGGUACCGGCACUUUUGCGACCACUUUAGACCCGACGGCGACCCGCGGCCGUGUCUGGAGUGCGACCGGUGCAAUCUGUGGGAAUCGGAAGAUGUCGACCAGAUACUACAGGAGGCCCGCGAAGAGGCAGAGCGAAAGUGGAAAGACACGGAGAAGAGAGACCUCUCGACGCCGGAAAAGGCAUUUCUAGAAACGGGCAUAGCGACACGGCUGAGUAGCAUAGGCAGUAUUGAGGAAAUCCUGUCGGCGGGGCGGAUGCCCUCGCUGGGAGAGUUUUUGGAUGUUGUGGUUGAGACCAUCUUUGUGUGAGCGAGAUGAGCACAUGGAGCCAGCCAGCGGGAGUUUUCUUGAAGUUUUCUUCCGAUACCCAUACUCGCUACAUUACUAUUCAAAGAUUUGCUGGUGCGACGAGUGUUGAAAAGUUUACCAAGACAGAGCGUUACGAUUCAAGAUGUUUCUUUCUUGCAGCGUCUCACGCAAGCCAGGCGUCUACAUAAAAAGGAGGAUGAAAUAUCACUACUCUAUGACGCUUUUUCCUUCGACUUGAUUCUCCUUCAAAAAGAGCAUCCUUAUAUGGGUACCCAGUAUCCAUCCAACACCUUUUUCUGAAAAUACCUUUUUAUACAUUCCUUUUCUGCUGCUUGCUGAAGCUGGAUACGUCUUUUCUCAUCACCUGACUUGGGAGGGAUAAAUGAACUCUUUUUUUUCCUCCUUUAUUUUUCCUUUCAUUAUACUGCUCUUUUAUCUUCUUCUUAAUAUUUUUUCCUUCCUUGUUUCCCUUUUUUUCCCGUCGGAACAGCUGGAUUGUUUUUUUUUUUUUGAAUUUUGAAUUUUGAAUUUUGAAAGCAUGGAUAUACAUGUUCCUUGUAUAAGGAGGGAACUUGAGCGCUUUGUUUUUUUUUGUUUUACCGAAAUCAUUUGAUGUAUAAUGGAGGGUAUGAAUGGAUUAAGCUUGAUUAAUGAACGAACGCACGAAUGAAUGGAUGGAUAGAUUGUUUUUGCCUUGGUUGCCUUGAAGAGUGAAAUGAGGGAAAAAAAACGUUAUUUUUUAAAACUUAAUUCUGCGUAAAUAUCCCGUAUCUUACAUAUCCCCAUUCAUGAUUUUCCCUUGACAAUACUGAUCCCAGGCCAUUUAUGC